UAGUUGAAACGAGAUAAUCGAGCAACUUGUUUUUCGCUUGUUUCAGACUGCAGGCGCACUACAACCUAAAGCAAUAAGAAUGGCAGGUUCUCCAGUGUUGGAGAACGAGGAUAGGACAGAGGUUCUCGACGAACCACUGUUCAGCACCCUCGACAUUGUACUGCUCAGUGCCCUUUUAUUGGCUGCACUAUGGUGGCUGAUGCGCAGAAACAAACAGGAAGAAUACACACCCGUCGCAAAAUCCUAUUCCAUCCAACCAACUAUGUUUCCUACGGUGCAAACAUCGGAGAAUUCGUUCAUAAAGAAGUUGAAGAGUUCCGGAAGAAGUUUGGUAGUAUUUUAUGGUAGCCAAACUGGAACUGCCGAGGAAUUCGCCGGUAGGUUGGCCAAAGAAGGUAUCCGGUAUAAGAUGAAAGGCAUGGUGGCCGAUCCCGAAGAAUGUGAUAUGGAAGAACUAGUACACCUGAAAACAAUUCCAAAUAGCAUGGCGGUGUUUUGUCUGGCUACAUAUGGAGAAGGUGAUCCUACAGACAACGCUAUGGAAUUUGUCGAUUGGCUAAAAAAUGGAGAUGCUGAUUUAAAUGGAUUGAAUUAUGCUAGAUCAUUCGAUAAUGAAUGUAAAAAAAUUCGACAACGUGUUCCACGCGAUGAUGAAGCAUUACAGGCACAACAGCGCCACUUACCGGCGCUUCUCAAUGUUAAUUUUAGCGCGAACGUUCGAGGUAUUUGGGCUUGGAAACAAAACAUAUGAACAUUACAACGAGGUGGCUAUAUACGUUGAUCACAGAUUAGAACAACUUGGUGCUACACGCGUUUUUGAACUCGGUUUGGGAGACGAUGAUGCCAAUAUAGAAGAUGAUUUCAUCACGUGGAAGGAUAAAUUUUGGCCAACAGUUUGCGACUUCUUUGGAAUUGAAGGUGCUGGCGAAGACGUGAGCAUCAGACAGUACAAGCUGACUGAACACGUUGAUUUGCCAGCUGACCGCAUUUACACCGGUGAAUUAGCUCGUCUUCACUCAUUUAAGAAUCAGAGAGCACCAUUCGAUGCAAAAAAUCCCUUCUUAGCUCCAGUAAAGGAAAAUCGCGAGCUUCACGGCUCAAUUUCAGAGAGGUCGUGCAGACAUAUAGAGUUUGAUAUAGAUGGGUCGAAAAUGCGUUACGAAGCUGGUGAUCAUUUAGCAGUGUAUCCUGUAAACAAUGCAGAGCUAGUGAAUAAAAUUGGAGAAAACUGUGGCGCAAAUUUGGACACGGUGUUCACUCUUACAAACACAGAUGAGGAAUCUACAAAGAAACAUCCAUUCCCUUGUCCAUGUUCUUACAGAACUGCUUUGACACAUUACUUGGAUAUCACUAGUAACCCACGCACGCACAUUCUCAAGGAAUUGGCCGAGUAUUGCAGCGAUACGAAUGACAAAGAAAAAUUGAAAUUGAUGGCGUCAACCAGCGUGGAAGGCAAAGCUGCGUAUCAGCAAUGGAUAGUUCAAGAAAACAGAAACAUUGUACAUAUUUUGGAAGACAUUCCUAGCUUGAAGCCAGCCUUGGAUCAUCUUUGUGAAAUUUUACCGAGAUUGCAAUGUCGAUACUAUUCGAUCUCCUCUUCUCCCAAGCUGUAUACAACGUCAAUUCAUAUUACCGCGAUUGUAGUGGAAUAUAAAACACCUACAGGUAGAAUUAACAAAGGUGUGACAACCAGUUGGUUAAAGGAGAAACAUCCUUCGAAUCCACCGUGUUACGUUCCUAUUUUCGUGCGAAAGUCUCAGUUUCGUUUGCCAAAUCGGCCGUCGAUUCCAAUCGUUAUGGUUGGUCCGGGUACUGGUAUAGCACCAUUCAGAGCGUUCAUACAGGAACGUGAUUUUGCCAGAAAGGAAGGAAAAGAAGUUGGAGAUACUAUCUUGUAUUUCGGAUGCAGAAAGAAAGACGAAGAUUUCCUUUACAAGGAAGAACUCGAGGAGUAUGUAAAAAGUGGUACUUUAAUCUUACACACUGCAUUUAGCAGAGAGCACGCUCAGAAAGUAUACGUUACACAUUUAUUAGAAAAGAACAAAGACGAAUUGUGGAGAGUUAUCGGUGAACAAAAUGGACAUAUAUACGUGUGUGGCGAUGCGAAAAACAUGGCACGCGAUGUGCAUAAUAUUUUAUUAAAAGUUGUAAUGGAGAAAGGGAAAAUGUCCGAGUUGGAUGCUGCUGAUUAUAUCAAGAAAAUGGACUCGCAGAAACGUUAUUCGAGCGACGUAUGGAGUUGAACGACGUUAUUUAACCUUCGGCCGGCGAAUGAGAGGCCCGAACGGAUCUCGCAUUCACCGGCCCACGUUGCUAGUCGGCAGAGCACCCGCCGUCCGAGGGUUAAUUUAAUUUCAUAAAUAUUUAUAACUUAAAUUGUUCAAAUUUUAUAAAAUUAUACCUUUACGAGAAGGCCAACGAUAAUCACCUUCGUAUAAUUGUGCGAUAUACAUGUAUAAUUUAUAUAGGUAUAAAUUAAUAAAAAUAAAAAACGAAGAAGUACGAUAAAGUGAAAAGGAGCACUGUUUUUAGCCCAGAAUUUAUUGAAUUUUGCGAAACUCGUUGCGAGAUUAAUAUUACAAAUUGUCUAAAAAUUACCAUUACAAAUAGAGUAUUUGAUUCGAUAUUUUGACUUACACACUUUAAUAAAUAUUCUUUAAAUCCUCUUGCAUCGUUUGGAUCAUUUGCAAGGUUGAAAUGAAGUAUAAAAUAUUUAAGAAUUGCUGCUUCUCUUCUUCGUAAUCGUGAAAAUGAAAUGAAGUUGUCACAUAUAGGAUCAUUGAUUAUAUACAUUAGCUGUCCUUUGUAAAAAAAUGACAUAAUUUCUAUGGACCGCGAGUGUUUCUUCGUUUGCAUAUGUUAAUACUGUAUUCAGUAUACAUAUAUAAGUAGUUGAUGAAUUUUAUAGAAAAGAAUCUGUUCAAUAAUACAAUGUUAAAAGAUUUACUUGAAUCUAAAGUGAUAAAACUUUCGAUGGAAAUAGAGUGCAAUAACAAAUUUCAACUAUACUUUUACAUUCGAGAGAAAACGAUAUUGUCAAAGAAGCUCUUGUGAUAAAGAUAUAAUCUUGAUAUAUUCUGAGAUGAUUGUUCAAAGGCAUUAUACAUAUAUAAGUACAUGCCAUUUUGAAGAAUUUGUCAUUUUAUAUUUUCUUAAAAUGAACUGUUACUAUUGUAGCUAUGAUCAUCCUAGGAUAUAAAUUAAUGAUCUUUAUUAAAUUUGAAAUAUUUUAAAUACGUGUAUAAAUAAAGUAAUGUAAUUAAAGAAGUAUUUUCUCAAAUACAUUUUUUUUAUUUCGUUGACAUUAAUAAAUUAUAUUGAAGCAAUGAAACGACAAAAUAUUAACAUUAACGAAUAUGAAAGCAGUAUUAAAAAAUUUGAUGAAUUUUAAUAUAUUAAUCCUUCACUGAAAAUAUCAAUUAAAUUUAUCUCUUCUAAAAACUUUGAGCGAACUUAACAAAAAAUUAUCAAGUGGAUAUAGAAAGAAAAUUUAUGUCUAAUAAGUGAUAGAACCGCAAAAUCUUGCAUAGUAAUCCUUUCAAUUAGUUUUUUUGCAAAUAAAAUAAUUGCAAAA